AUGGGCAGGGCCUCUCUGCAAGGGUUCCUCGUGUUCUGCUGCUGGCUGCUGCUCCUGUUCAUCUGUCAACGGGGGUAUUCUCACCCACAGUGCCUGGACUACAAGCCUCCUUUUCAGCCUCCAGAGCCAUUGACCUUCUGCAAAGAAUACAUCAAGUUUGGAUGCUGUGACAAGGAGAAGGAUAACCUGAUAUCUCAGAGGUACCACCACAUCAUGGAAUACUUUGAUCAGUUGGGAUCUCUCACUUGUGGAAAAUACAUCCACAGUAUCCUAUGCCAGGAAUGCUCACCUUACGCUGCUCACUUGUACGAUGCUGAAGAUGCAAACACACCGAUGAGGCAGCUGCCAGGCCUGUGUGCACCCUACUGUUCUGAGUUCUGGAAUUACUGUCGCUACACACUCAGCUUGCUUUUGGACAGCAAUGUCACUUUGAGCAUUGAAGAUGACAGAGAGAAGUUUUGUAACUUCUUGGAGCUGAAGGACCCUGAGUACUGCUAUCCAAAUGUGCUAACAAAUGCAGAGCUUAAUGCCAAUCUGGGAACGGUGCAGGCUGACCCAGAGGGCUGCCUACAGCUGUGCUUGCAAGAGGUGGCCAACGGCUUACGCAACCCAGUGGCCAUGGUGCAUGCAGAUGAUGGCACCCGUCGCUUUUUUGUGGCGGAGCAACUGGGCUACGUGUGGGUGUACCUGCCCAAUGGCUCCCGUGUGGACCAGCCUUUCCUCAAUCUGACCAAAGCUGUGCUUACGUCCAGAUGGGCUGGUGACGAGAGGGGCUUCCUUUGUCUCGCCCUACACCCACGCUUCACUGUCACACGCAAGGCUUAUGUUUACUACUCUGUUUCGGUGAAAAGGGAGGAGAGGAUACGCAUUAGCGAGUUUACACUUUCCUCAACGGAUAUGAACAUGCUCGACCACUCAUCAGAGAGAAUUCUGCUGGAAGUUGUGGAACCUGCUUCCAAUCACAAUGGUGGACAACUUCUCUUUGGGUAUGAUGGCUACCUCUACAUUUUUAUUGGAGACGGAGGAAAAGCAGGGGACCCAUUUGGCAAGUUUGGGAACUCACAGAACAAGUCCACGCUGUUGGGUAAAGUACUGCGUAUUGACGUGGACAACAAUGAUGGCAGGCCAUACAGUGUCCCAUUAGAUAACCCCUUUGUCGGGGAAAAGGAGAGCCGACCUGAAAUCUAUGCCUACGGUGUACGGAACAUGUGGCGCUGCUCUAUUGAUCGAGGAGACCCUGUCACGGGCCAAGGAAGAGGACGAAUGAUUUGUGGUGAUGUUGGGCAGAACAAGUUUGAAGAGGUGGACCUAAUCAUCAAAGGAGGAAACUAUGGUUGGAGGGCAAAGGAGGGCUUCUCUUGCUAUGACAAAAAGCUGUGCCUGAACUCAUCACUGGAUGAUAUUCUGCCUAUUUUUGCAUACCCUCACAAACUGGGGAAGUCUGUCACUGGGGGCUAUAUCUACAGAGGAUGUGAGAUGCCCAAUUUGAAUGGAAUCUACAUCUUUGGAGAUUUCAUGAGUGGGCGCUUGAUGUCCCUCAAGGAGAACCUGACCACAAGAAAAUGGAUGUACAAUGAGAUCUGUAUGGGUAAAGGACAAACAUGUAACUUCCCCAAGCUCAUCAAUAGCUACCAUAAAUACAUUAUCUCCUUUGCUGAAGACGAGGCAGGAGAACUAUACUUCUUGUCAACUGGGAUUCCUAGUGCAGCUGCCCGUUCUGGGGUUAUCUAUAAGAUAGUAGACCCCUCUAGGAGAGCACCUCCAGGAAAAUGUGUCGUCAGACCCACUCUUGUCAAAGUAAAUGGCAGACUGAUUCCCUUCCGACCUCUUCAAGAAUUUGUGAUCAACAAAAAACCUACCACAACUGCUUCUACAACCACAUCAAGGACAAGGACUCGCACAAACAGGCCAUUACCAUCUCCUGUUAGCCCUACCAUCAAGCCUAAAUCUGGCAGCCGACAAACAACUAUACCCAUUACCUCUGCCAUCAAAAGGCUUUUACCCAAAUCUGCUGUAACAGCUGCACCAACAACAGCAAAGUCCAACCAGGCAACUACAAUGAUUCUUGUUUCAGGCACCUCAGCCCUUCAGGUCAAUACCUCUCCAACUCUUCAGCACCAAUAUGGUAUUUUCACUACUACUGCCAUUCCAAGACAUACUGUCUCAUAUACUCCUAACAGCAGAAGGCCUAUUCAAAUCAGUACAAGCUCAGCUAAAAGGCAACACACCACAGACAGAGGACAUUGGGUGUAUUUGAAAAAUCCUCAUACCACUCCUAAGCCCCUGUAUUGGACACCAAUGCCCAAGCCCACUAUCAAAACACAAACACCCACCUUAAUACUUUUGAGGACAAAUAAGAAGUCCACUAGGCAACAAGACAAUAAACAAAACUCUGCAGAGAGGUUACAGCGGGCAGGGGUCAACAGGAAGGGCCAGAGUUCCAAUCCAGGAAAGUCACAUCGGCGUAAAUAUCGACAGGGGGCAGUGCGGUUGGUUAGUGUUAAGAAGCUGCCUGACCGGGGUCGAGUGGAGAUCUUUGUGAAAGGGGAAUGGGGCACAGUGUGUGAUGACCUGUUCAAUAGUAAGGCAGCAACCGUGGUAUGCCGUCAGCUAGGCUUCCCGUUUGCUCUGCGGGUGGCCAAGCGAGCAGAGAUGGGUGCAGGAAAUGGACUAAACAUUCUUCUAGAUGAUGUGGAAUGUGAGGGCACAGAGAAGACAUUGCUAGAGUGCAAAAGAACCAGACUUGGCAAGCACAACUGUUCCCACCAGGAGGAUGUCGGGGUGGUAUGUGGGUACAAUAAGUAUGAGAACUGA